GAGAGUUGAGGGUAUAGGACAUUAAAUUGAGCUCUUGAAACUAUGUUGGCUGAAGUAUGGUGGAAUUGUAGGGAUUUUGUAGGUGGGUCAUAAGCCGACCUCAGUAUGAGGUAAUAAGCACAAAUAUAUAUCUGUAGAGGUGAACCAAACAAGUAUUUACAUCGAACAUUUGCCAUUGAAUUACAAGUAGACAAAGCAAAAAAAAAGUCUCUCCUCAAAUACCAAGUAGUCUAGAGUGACAUUAUCAACGAGGCCUCGUGCAGCCCAAGGCAUAGCCCUCCACCUGCUGCAGCCUGCGCCUGCAUGGCCCCUCUGUCAUUACCCCUCCACGCAACAAGAUCUUCCUCAUCGACGUAUCGUCCAAUAUAAGCAAGAUGCCCAGCUCUAACCUCGUCGAGAUUGACUCUCUCGAAGCACUCGUCAUCAUCGACAACGAGCUCGACCCCUUGUCGCCCGCCGCGCCAGACACCGUCCACGUCUCCGGCCUGAUGGGUAGCCUUGCCACGGGGUCUCCUCAUGACCUCAAGGACAGGGGUGAUGCUCAGAAGGAGCUGAGAAUGGAAGACAUCUGCUGCUCCGCGCACGGUUUGUCAAUACUAGUGACUGCGACGAAAGGUGACGUGAGCCAUUCAGUGCUCUUCGAUGCUGGCCCGGAGGAAGAUGCUUGGGAGAGGAACGCGAAGCGGCUACGGGCGGAUCUUGCCUCUGUAGAGGUUAUCCAGUUGUCGCAUUGGCAUAGGGAUCACUCGGGUGGUCUUCUGCGCGCGAUUCGCUUGAUCAACGAGGCCAAGCAGGGCAAGGGCCGUGCCGGGGGCCUGUCGGUAGAUUUGCACCCUUCGCGCCCCGACUAUCGAGGGAUGGCUAUCGGUCAGAAGCUCAUAUCCCUCCAAGCUGAUCCCACGUUCGAGGAGAUCGAAGCAGCUGGGGCGGAGGUCGACAAACAUGGCGAGGCGCAUACUAUUCUCGAUGAUUUCUUUUUCGUAUCUGGUGAAAUCCCUCGGCAAACUGCCUACGAGAACGGACUGAAAGGAGGGAUGCGCUUCAGCCACGAGGACAACGAUUGGUUUUCCGACGAGCUCAUUGCUGAUGAACGAUUCCUGAUGUGUAAUCUGAAAGGGAAAGGAAUCGUCAUGUUCACGGGCUGCAGCCAUGCUGGAGUGGUCAACGCGGCCAAGCAUGCGGUUGAAUGCCUGGAUGGUUCUGUUCCUCUUCAUGCGGUUGUGGGAGGCUUCCAUCUAGCCACUAGUGAGGAACAGCAGACGGAGAGCACGAUCAAAGAUCUGAAGAAGCUCGAUCCGGCUGUGCUUCUGCCGGGGCACUGCACGGGUUGGCGGGCCAAAUUCGCCAUCGAGAGGCUUAUGCCUGGGACUCUGGUGCCUUGUACAGUGGGCAUCAAGGUCACAUUUUGA